AUGACUGGUUCUGGUGUUAUUUAUUUGCUAAAAGAUUUAAAGGAUAAGUAUAAUUUAGAAAAUGAUCAACUUGCCGAAUACGCCAUUUUAUGGUUAAGUUAUAAACUAAAUAAAAAUCCAAAAAAUAAAUUCGACAAAUUAAGUGAUUUUUAUAAACAUCAUAUAUUAAAAAAUAACUGUUAUAAUGGGACAAUCAAAGGUGAUGAAAAUAUGACUUAUAAGGCAAUUAUAGAAAAAAAAAAUGAUUUGAUGAAUAUGAAAAUUAAAGACAUAUCAAAAUUUUAUGAAGCAUUAAAAACCUUAUGUAGCAUGUAUAGUGACUGUAAUAAAAGCGAGUUAGAUUGCAAUAAUUGUUCGGAAAAAGCUAAAACGUUUGCUAAUCAAUUUAAAGAACUCAAUAAAGAUUCUAAGAAUAUAGAUAACAUUUCAUAUAGUCAAAUGAUAUCUACAUUAUCAAAUGAUUAUGAUAAUUUAAAAUAUAUAUAUGAUAAUAAUUUUAAAAAUGAAUGCCCCAAUCUUCCAUCUUUUCCAGAAUUAACCCCCCAAACAAGUCCUGUAGAUAAUUCUGUAAAAGUUCCUGGGCAAACAUUUGGGGAGACUUCUGAAGGUACAUCAUCAAAUUCGUCGAUAGCAAGCAAAUUAAUUCCAGCUUUAUCGACAUUUUCUGUAAUACCAGUUUUCUUGGGAGUUGCUUAUAAGUAUUCAUUAUUUGGAAUUGAUAAACUAUUUCAAAGACAAUAUAUAAGAAAAAAAUUAAAAAAUAUAAAGAAGAAAAUGAAACUUAAUAUAUGA